AUCUUUGCUAGUUCCCAAUAGGAAAGCCUAAAGCUACUGGAUUGAUUAUCACCAGUGAAUUGAUCCUAACUGUUGCAUUGCUCUCUCUUUCCUGGGUACCAAGAGGAGUAGGGAUCACCAGGGAAGAUCUACUUGUCUACUGCCAGAAUACAGGAGCCAGAAGUACCAUCUGCCACUUUUUCCAGGAAUUUGGACAACUGCUUGUGGAUAUUUGGGCCUCAUUUGUGACGGAGUUAUGGUAUCUGUGAUUCCAGAAUGGCUCUGUUUUACAUGUCCACAGUACUAGAAGCUUUUACUGAUGUUCUCCAGCCUCUGCCAAUCCUAAUUGCAUCAGCAUUCCUACAGGUACUGAGCUGGAGUAGGAUUAAGAAAAAACCACUAGCAAGCAGGAUUUCACCAUUCUGUGGAUCUUUGGAAUUGGCUGAGGGGUUGACAGGUCUGAACAAGUGGAACAUUAUCUAUGAAGACUUGUGACUAAAGAAACAAGAACAGAGAACAGGAAGAGAAACAAGAAGGCAGGUGUUAUCCCAGAGGCAUGACAGGAGCAGCUACAGACAUCUUACUCAGAAAGAAACAGACAUAGAGGAUGGAGCAGGAAGUGGCAAGAGAAGAAGAGAGGAAAGAAGGUUUAAUUGAGUUUUAUGAUUCCUUCAAGGAUAUGUUUGAGUUCUUCUGUAAGAACACAACAAUCCAUGGCACCAUCCGCCUCGUGUGCUCAGACAGCAAUAGGAUGAAAACAGCUUUUUGGACUCUACUUUUUCUUGCCAGCUUUGGCAUGUUAUACUGGCAGUUUGCACUCAUGUUCAGCCAGUACUGGGCCUACCCAGUUGUCCUGACCAUGUCAAUGCAUUCAGGUCCUAAGAUGUUCCCAGCUAUAACCAUCUGCAACCUGGAUCCAUACAGAUUUGAGCUGGUCAGUGAACAUCUGGUUCAACUGGAUCACAUGGCAGAGAAAUCCAUUGCUUUCCUGUAUGGCAUCAACACAUCAGCCAGCUUAUUCCACAUGAAUGAGAAAAACAUCCACAUAAAAGACCUGUCAAGCAUAGGCAACCUCAGCAGAUCUACCUUCAAGCUGAGCCAAAACUUCUCACUCUUAAGAAUGCCUGGCCACAAUAACAGGUCAGGAAAGAAGUAUUCCAGUGUGGGCUUCAGGCUGUGCAAUGCCACAGGUGGGAAUUGCUUCUACAAGACUUAUUCAUCUGGGAUGGAUGCAAUUCUUGAAUGGUACAGGUUUCACUACAUGAAUAUCAUGUCCCAGCUACCCGUUAUAAUCAACAUUUCUGACCAUGAGGAGCAAAUAGAAGAUAUGGUCUACUCCUGUCAGUAUGAUGGGGAGCCCUGCAGACCCAGUGACUAUGUUCACUUUCACCACCCAGUCUUUGGAAGCUGCUAUACUUUUAACAGCAAGGGAACAGACUCUUUUUGGACAGCUACAAAACCAGGAAUUCCUUACGGACUUUCCCUUAUCCUGAGAGCAGAGCAGAAGGAUCACAUCCCACUCUUGUCUACAGUAGCAGGUGUGAAAGUGAUGAUACACAACCACAAUCAGACACCAUUCCUGGAGCAUGAAGGCUUUGACAUCAGACCAGGCAUUGCAACUACCAUAGGCAUUCAGCAGGAUGAGGUGAAUCGCCUGGGUGGCAAUUAUGGGAAAUGCACAACUAAUGGCAAUGAUGUGGAUGUUAAACUCCUGUACAACAACUCCUACACCCUGCAGGCUUGUCUGCAUUCCUGCUUUCAGCACAUAAUGGUUCGGAAAUGUGGCUGUGGCUACUACUACUACCCGCUGCCUCCUGGUGCUGAGUACUGUGACUACAACAAGCAGCCUGCCUGGGGUCACUGCUUUUACCAGCUGUACAACAGGCUCCGAAAUCAUCACCUCAAUUGUUUUGAGCAGUGCCCCAAGCCCUGCCGGGAAUCACUGUACAAGGUGUCUGCUGGGACAGCAAAAUGGCCAUCAGCGAAGUCUCAGGACUGGGUCCGCCAAGCUCUGAGGCAUCAGAAUGGCUAUAACUCCACCAGCAACAGGAAGGAUAUUGCCAAGGUGACAAUCUUCUACCAGCAACUGAACUACCAGUCUGUGAAUGAGUCUCCUUUACUCACAGAGAAUCUACUUCUGUCCAGCAUGGGAAGCCAGUGGAGCCUCUGGUUUGGUUCCUCAGUGUUGUCUGUAGUUGAAAUGUUUGAACUGCUCAUAGACACACUGGUCUUGUCGCUUCUAUUCUGCUACCAAAGGUUCAGGUCAAGGAAGACAAUGAAUGUAGCUCACAUUGCUGCCAUCCCCAGCGUGAGCUUGACCCUAGAGAACUACCGAGUUGUGCAAGAAGAUGCUGCAAAAGGUGAUGAUUCUGCUCAUCCUCAGCCUUCUGCAGUGACUGUUGCCAUGGACAGGGGAGAUCUGCAUCUUCACCCAUUCUCCAGCAAAGUGGAUAUGCCAGAGCUUUGCUCAGAUGUGGUGCUUAAUGGAUUUAGAUCCAUUUAGAUCCAGCACUUUGGGAGUGGAAGUGAAUAGCUAUGGGUAUGUUUGUGUGCACAGGGAGACUUGGAACUCCCCUAUUGCUCAGGUGCUGUCAGGUUGCAAACAGAAACAUUCCAUGAGCACUAAACACCACACUGUGAGCUUGGCAAUCCUCCUCCAGCUAUUACAGUGCCUUAUUAAACCAUCCGUGUGCCCUGGAUUCAGGCAUCAUGCAAUGUUCCUUUGUUCCUAAUGAGUAUCCAGGGAGGGGAGAACUGUUCUCCUCCUCUCUGGGACAGUCGUGGAUCCUCAUAAAAGCCUAUUCAUAGCUUUUAACUUCUAAAGCCUUGUGAGGAAACCAGCCUGUGGCUUCAGACAGGCCCAUCUACAUUUCACACAUGUACUCAAAGGAGAAGUCAGCCUGGCUGUUAAAGGGAAGGAUUUCCAGAGGAGGCUGAGGACUGUGUGCUCCUGUCAGGCAGGAUGACAGAGCAUGGCAUAAGAGGUGCCUCUGAUCACAGCUGUGCUUCCCAGACACCUCUCUGUCCUUAACCUGGGUAUUGAGGACAAUGCACAGGAUGCUGCUGCUGAGAUGCUUUUGCAUUAAUUCGGAUGAGACUUAACUAUCCUGCAGGUAAGGAAAGGGAAGAAACAGGGUUGAAAACUUCUGUGUGUCACAGGCAAAGCAUCGGAUUUAUUGAGGAGAUUAAAAUGCUGCGUUUUUGUUGCAGCCCAUGUAUAAAUAGAAAUGGUUUAAUGUUAAUAUUUGACAGUAACUUAUGUGUACAUAAAAGAACACGUUUAUUUGUGAUGAUGGUUGCACAGGAGCCUUUUACUGUUAUGCUCUUGUUGGUGACUUGCUGUGGAAGACAAGAGUUAACAGGAAAUCACUGCUUUGUUUUGUAGCUUUUGUAAGUAAUAAAAUGCUCUGGAUACAGA